AAUAUGGAAUCUUUUUAUUUAUAUUUGGAUAUAAUCUAAAGGUCAACAGAAUCUUGAAAGAGCCCAAAACAACAACACUCGGAGACUUUUUAGGGCUCAUCCCCGAAUUAUCAGUGCAAGUGGGUAACAAGUUUAUCAAUUCAACCAAAUAAAAACUAAGCAACCUAACCACAAAUCUCCAGAUUCAUUCGUCGUCUCGGUUCGUUAGACGGAGAAGAAGUGACAAAUAUGGCGGUUAGUAUGAAACAAAUGUCGUUGGUCGUCUCUGCUUUGGGCGUCUUGUCCUUUGUUUUGGGAGUUAUCGCGGAGAACAAGAAGCCUGCGUCUGGGACUCCGAUAAGCGGAAAGGGAGUAGUUAUCUGCAAAUAUCCAUCUGAUCCAACUGUUGUCUUGGGAUACCUUUCUGCUGCUUUUCUCCUUGCCUGCACUGUAGCAGGAUACAAAUCCUUGUUCAUCUCUUACAAGGGAAAAUCCGUUCCUAACUCUGUCUUGUUCAAAAGCACCAGCUUCUCUGUGUUCUUCAACAUUGCCUUGAUAACAUCUGGACUGGCCUUGUCUCUGUUGCUCUGGCCAACCAUUACAGAGCAACUUCACUUGACCCGUAAUGUUCACCGAAACUUAGAGAGCAGUUGCCCCACGGCUAAGACCGGUCUGCUUGGUGGAGGUGCCUUUGUGUCUUUGGACUCAUGCCUUUUCUGGUUGGUUGCUCUGAUGCUCGCUGAUAACGCCCGUGAAGACCAUUUUGAUGAAGUUGAAAACAGAAACAUGGAUGGCAACUCUGCCUCGAGGGAUGUUAAUCUCAAGAUUGAUGCUUGAGAGAAUGAUAUGCUUUGUUGGUAUUGGGUAUAAGAAGGGUUUUUAGUUUGUUUUCUACUUGUUUGAUUAGGACAAUAAUCAUUUGUUUCUUCUGGUUUUCUACUUUUUCUUUUUUAAUGAUUUGCUAGAAUGUUAUGAAACCCAUCUCUGCACCUUGAUGCAUUGUGAUUCAUAAGUUGUAUAUGUAUCUACUCAGAUUCUUGAUUAAAUAAUCUUUUGGUUAUAUCUGUUA